AUGCACAGUCCAUCCGGGACACGACCCAAGAAGAGACUCGCCUGCGACAGGUGUCACGCUCGUAAACUACGAUGCUCUGGUGACCUGGAUGGUUGUACACGAUGUCUUGGUGACGAUUUGGUCUGCGUUUAUAGCCCUGCUCUCAAGGUUGGACGACCUAGCAAGGCGUCGAUGGCCGGCAGAGAGAUACAGCAGACACAGUCCAUUUCUGACGCUGCUAUUUAUGGCAUUUCCGAUAGAGAUGCAGUGACUGUGGAUUCGGGGAUAUCCAUGCCGCCAUCACCUCCACAGCUCGGAGAUAGUUGCAUUACAGAUCAUACAGCACUCUUCAACUCUUUCGACUUUACCAACACCUUCGACAACUUCAACGCCACACAUCCGUUCCUCGACAUGCCCAUGGAUGAAGACCUGUGGCCUCUGGCGACAAGUACACCUGUUUCUUCGAAGGAUCCCAAUAUCGAUCCACGUCUAUGUCUAACAAAUGAAACACCGAAUGGAUCUAGCCAGCUGGACAGACUAUCGAGGCUCCAGCAGGAGCUUUUACGCACGAAACUGCCACCCGUUCACGCGAGGGGUGUCGUCACUCAACCUCGGCCGGCGAAAUACACAGAAGCAGCCAUGAGACCUGUCCAAGAGACGCUGGGUGUCGUGACCGAGCUAUUACACCAAUGUGUGAAAAGCAAUGGCGAUGCAACAGACCCAGUCUGUUCCAAUUGGCAAACAGUCCUUCACCUGGUCCUCACGCCCCUGUCUCUUCUGCUAUCUACAUACGAUCAGAUACUACAAGAGAUCCGCAACGCGGUAUCUUCAUCUGUAUCGAACCAGGAUUGCCCGCUGUUCGACUCGCUGGACUGCCGCGUCGCCGGCCUGAAGCUUGAUCCGCCAUUGAGAUUGAUCUUGCUGGCGACUGUGGUGGACUACCAAUUGAAACACCUGUAUCACACGGUGAGGACGUUUCAGUCCAAGUAUAUGCAUUCAGGGAAUCUGGGAAUAGCGGAUUGUAUGUCAUCGUCGACUAUGGCUGAGGUUCAAUCCACGAUUCGGUCGCUGCUGGCGGUGACUAGAAGCACAUUACAGCAAUCACAGGAAACAUAG